AUGAUUCGGGUUUCUGCACCGAUGUUUGUGCUGCUGCUGUUUGUGCUGCAGGCUGUCGCUGUGCUGAUGGCCAACUCUGAAGACAGCUCACGUAAAAAGCGAAGAAUGUGCAUUUUCCCUACGAUGGUGAUGGAAAAUAGAGAUUACACUAAUUUAGACUACAUUACCAAAGUUUACCCAGAAUAUGAAAAUGUUACCUACUCCCUGACAGGUGUUGGGGCAGACAAGUACCCCUUCAAUGUGUUUGUGAGCGACCCUCAUACUGGAGACAUACGUUUGACCUAAGUUCUCGACAGGGAAUUCAUCCACUAUUAUUCUCUAACGCUUGUAAUUAAGUUCGCUAAUGGCACGAUUGCAGAAGAAUGGGAUUGGUACCGUUACCGGAUUAUAGAUGAGAAUGACAAUGCUCCAGUGUUUGGGCAAAUAAAGUCUGGUGAAGUUGAUGAGCUCAGUCCUGAAGGUAGUUUUGUGAUGAAAGUAACAGCAACUGAUGCUGAUGAACCAGGGAAUUUAAAUUCUAUGAUUUCCUACACCAUCAUAAAUCAGAAUCCACCUGACAAUAUGUUUUACAUUAACAGAGAUGAUGGUUCCAUCUUUGUUAAAAAGCCUCUUCUGGAGAGAGAGAAAUGUGGUCAGUACAUUCUGACUGUAAGAGGCCAAGACCUAAAAGGUUUUCCAGAAGGAAACACUGGAACGGGCAAUGUUACUAUAAACAUCCGUGAUGUGAACAACAACCUUCCCACUCUGGAAAAAGAGCAGUAUGAAGGAAGCAUUGAGGAGAACAUACAAGGUGUGGAGGUGAUGAGGAUCCAAGCAGAGGACCUAGAUCUGAAGGCCACAGACAACUGGGAAGCUGUCUUUAAUAUUGUCAGAGGCAAUGAAGUCGGGUAUUUCAGCAUUAAAACAGACCCCAACACCAACGAGGGCAUCUUAAUGCUUGAUAAGCCUGUGGAUUAUGAGAAUGUGAAGAACUUUGUAUUGGGGUUAACUGUAAGGAACAGGGCCCCACCUUUUUCUGGAGGAUCAUCUUGGCAAUGGGGGGGAGAAUAUAAAAUCUAUCCCAUCAAAAUCAAUGUAAGGAACCAGCCCGAGGGGCCACAUUUUGAUCCCAAAGUCAAAACUAUAGCCAUCUCCAAGAAAGACACCUCCUUCAACAUUACAGAUGUUGUUGCUAGCAAUCCUGCAAUAGAUCAAGAUACUGGAAAACUGGCUGAGAAUGUCAGGUAUGCCAAAGGCUCAGACCCAGAUAACUGGUUGACUAUUGACCCAGAGACAGCUGAGAUCAAACUCAACAGGAUACCUGACAGGGAGUCUCCAUACCUGGUCAAUGGGACAUAUUUUGCCAAAGUUCUCUGCAUUACAAAAGACACACCUGCUAAAACAGCUACUGGUACUAUAGCCAUCCGGUUGGACAAUUUUAAUAACCACUGCCCCAUCCUGACCAGUGACAUCAAGACUAUGUGCACCACUGAGAAUUCUGUUAUUGUGAAUGCUAACAAUGAGGAUGCAUAUCCUAAUGGACCUCCUUUUAAGUUUGAGAUUAUCCCAGAAAAUACUAAAGGAAAAUGGCACAUGGAGACUCUAAAUGAUACUGCGGCUAUCUUGCGGGCUGAGGACUCCAUGUGGCCGGGUAUCUAUGAGGUGGAACUGGUGAUUAAAGAUCAGCAGGGAAAGGCCUGCCCAGAACCACAGAGAGUCUGGGUUCGAGUAUGCACGUGUGAGGAUGGAGUCGUGUGUGGAAAAUGGGAUGGCAAUAAUCAGCCAGUCAAAAGAGUGCAGUUAGGACCUGCAAGUAUUGGGAUAAUGGUGGUGCUGCCACUGCUGUUGCGAGCUGGAGGCCAUCACCCGAUGAAGCCAACAGAACCACAUCAUCCGCGAAAACGCAGAGAUGGGAUUCUGAGACCACCGAAGUGA